UUCGGGUCGGUGCGUUUUGGCCCUGUAAGGGGCAUUAUUGUCCAUCCAAAUCCACGUCAGUCGGGUUCAUCGUAGGUUCUAGAGUACGACGUCGUAUAGCAACUUACCGUAUCUUAUCUUCCAAGGCUGCCGUUAACCUCCCCGCCAUCCUCACUCUCCAGUAAAGCUUCGUAGUGGUGGCUGGAACCGUUCAGCAAUACGAUGUCGUUUGAACUGCGGAUAAGCUUCACAGGGAAUCUAAAGGCCUCCAAUUUCUUCAGAAAUCGUUUCUGAAUCAGGUUUUUUGUUCUUUCUCUGCGCCCCCUUUUAUGUUUUCGGAUUCAGUUUUCUGAUUCUUUUUUAAAUAGUGAAUGCAAUGUAUGCGAAUUUAGCAAAAGGCCAAGCAUUUCCCUUGGCAAUUAGGGUUUGUUCGAGACGCAAAUCGUUUCACACCUCAAAGUUUCAAUCUUUACAAAUUGGGUCUCAUCCAAAACCCCCAAUAAACCUUAGUCCGAUCAAACUCACAAAACCCUCAUCCGGGUUUGGUGAAAAAAAACAUCUGGGUUGUCACAUUUGGUUCGGUUUUCGACCGGUUCGUAUUGUGAGAUUCUGGAAAUGAUUGUUGCAAAACCCAGAAGUGUUUCUGGGGGGUUUAGGAUGAGAAGUGGUACACAGAAUUGGUGUUUUGUAAGAGGACGAGGUUUUUCGAGUUGGUCUGGUCAGAAAGUAAAUGGAGGGAGUGGUGUGGGAAGAGCUGGGCAAAGACUGCCGUGGUUGCCGGCAGCAAAAGCUAAGGGAGCACGAGGGUUGGAGAAAGGAACUACGGCGAAGACAUCUGUUUCGUCUUGGGAGGAAUCUGCAAAGAGGUUAGAGGAAGUUAGUGAUCAUGGUUCUUGGGGGGGGAGCAGCAAAGAGUUUAGAUGGAGAUAGUAGUAAGUCGUCUUGGGACAAUUCAGCAAGUAUGUUAGAGGAAGAAACAAAGUCGAAAACUGUUCGUGCUUCUUGGGAGGUGUCAAGAAAAAGUUAUGUUAGGAAAAUUGGUGUAUCAGAGUAUGGGAGUAGAGAAGGUAGAACUGGAAGGGGAGCUUUGGUAAGGGAUCGUCAAAAUGAUUACCGUGGGAGGGACAGAAGAUUGGGGGAAGCCGAUACAGAAAAAAAUUAUGUUAGGAAAAGUGGUCCAUUUGAGCAUGGGGGUAAAGAAAGUAGUUGGAAGGGGAAGUGCGGUAAAGGAUUAUCAAAGUGAUUACCGUGGGAGGGACAGAAGAUUGGAGGAAGCCAAUACAGAAGGAGAUGCAGAAGAAGAAGAAGUAGGAGAAGAAGAAGAAAUGGAAGCGGUUGAUGAUCCAAGGUGGGAUCAUAUUCAAAACAAGCUCAGGGGAAUGGAAGAUGUAAAACCUGGACGUGAGAGACCUGAGUUUCGAAGGUGGAAUAGGCAGGAAGAUUGGGGUAAGAAGACAUGGAACGAGGCUACUGAAUCAUCCGUGCCUAGGAUGAUUGGCCAAAGUGUUUAUGGUGUUGGUCCAGUUUUGGCUGCUUUGUCAGCUGGAAGAAGAGAAUUUUAUGCAUUGUAUAUUCAAGAAGGGAUGGAUUUGAGCAAAAAUAAUAGGAAGAAGAAGGACAAGAAGGGCUUUGAGAGAAUUUUACUGAUGGCUGACAAGAUUGGGUUAAACGUAAAGGAUGUCUCUAAGCAUGAUCUUAAUAUGGCUACUGAUAAUCGACCUCAUCAGGGUCUGGUUCUAGAUACCUCUCCGUUGGAGAUGGUGAAAAUUAACGAAUUGGAACCUGUUUCAGUUGAGGAAGAUAAGGGUUCUCUCUGGAUUGCUUUGGAUGAGGUUACAGAUCCUCAGAAUGUGGGGGCAAUCAUCAGGUCGGCUUACUUCUUUGGAGCUUCUGGGGUGGUGUUAUGUGCCAAGAAUUCAGCCCCACUGAGUGGCGUUGUGAGCAAAUCAAGUGCAGGCUCACUUGAGUUGAUGGAGUUGAGAUACUGCAAGAAUAUGAUGCAGUUCCUAACAUCCUCGGCUGAAAAUGGUUGGCGGGUUCUUGGAGGUUCUGUUUCUUCCAAGGCUUUACCUUUGAACGAGGUUGCACCUAGUGUGCCAACAAUUCUUGUUCUGGGAAGUGAGGGCACUGGGUUGAGACCUUUGGUGGAAAGAUCUUGCACUGAUUUGAUUAGAAUCCCGGGGAAUAUUCCCGUGGAAAUUACUGCUGGUGGAGUUGAUGAUACUGAAACCGUGGAAGGGAAACAUGCAUGCUCAGCUGAAGAGUUCCGAUCACUUUUGGCCGUGGAGAGCUUAAAUGUCAGUGUUGCAACUGGUGUGCUGCUUCAUCACUUAACCGGAAACAAUAACAAUGAGAAUGUCCAUGCAGUUAAUCAGCAGACUGACGAACUUGACUGAGGUUUGUCAUAAACAUUGUACUUUAUAUUAGCACUUUUUACAGCUUUAUCUAAAGUUGGGGAGUAGGUUUACAGUUUUUAUUUCCGUAUAGCCUCUUGAUCAGAAAUGUGUGCCAUAACAACUCUAAUUUUUGGUGUUAAAACAAUUAUCUUAAACGAGUUGAGAUCGUUAAAUUGUGCAUCACAGUUCAUACUACUGAUUUAUUUGAAGCUUGGAUGCUAUUAUUCACGUUUGUUCAUAGAAACUAGAAACAGCAACUAAUCAUCUUCAAAGACUGCUGUCGUGUUUCCUGCAACUUUCCAUUAUCCCUUAUCACAAAACACAUACAUUUCCCUCUAAUCUGUGAGCGUGGUGUUCCAAUGUUAAUGAAUGAGUACCACAAAUCUCACGAUGAUAUGAAGUAUGGUUAGCUUUCAAUUGUUACUCACUACACUGCAGAAUUGUCUGCAUUUACAGCUGAAAGUUAAGUUUUCUGCAACUAAACUUGCGGUAUGAGACCUGUUCUGUAGGCUAUGCAUAUGAUAUAGCGAUGAUGUCAAAUGCUUAUGAGUUUUUGUUUGUUUCUUGAUCGCCUAUGCAUAGUUGUUUUCGAGCAUAUGUGGUUCGAAAAUGGCAUCCAUCUUUUUUGUUUUCCAGUUACUGAAUCUUGUAUGAUGCAUGUGAUCAAACGAAAUUUUGCAAAAUUUGCCAACUUGAAUAGAUGAAUAGGAUCUCCAUAGCAAUUGUGUCACAUUCUGUCCAUUACUUUCCAUCCCAAAGCUCAUCCAAUCCAGAUUCCCAGUGCUCUUUGAAGCGUGAAUCGGAGAAGUCAUGAAUGAAUAUGAUACCGGUUCUUCUAGCUGUAAAACAACUCCCCCAGUGAUCUGAUACCUAGUUGUUCAAAUAUGAGUUGUGACAUACCGAAUUUCAACGAGGGACCUACUUUUGCAUUCUCUGUUUGUUCGGGUUUAAGAAUGAGGAUAAUACACAAAUCUCGCACGCCGAUUCUUUGCAAGUAUAUGCCUUAAGAGUCUGGAAGCGAAUCGAUGCAUAUGCAAUUCUGAGGGCAUCUCCAACAGGAGAUGUAAAUUAUCUUGAAAUGAACAAUUUACAUCUUAAAGCCUAGUUUUUUUACUCCAAUUGGCCGGAAAUUUUAGGAUGUAAAAGACCCGUAUCACUGGAUAAUGUAAAAAAAAAAACCCUAUAUUUGCAUUCUUUUCCCAUCCCAAAAUUUCUAACUAGAGGGAAAGAGAGUUUGAAGGGCAGAGAAUCUUACUCCCUAUGCGUUGGAAAUGCCCUCAAAAAGCUAACAGUCCUCUUUCCACCAAGAAUUGUAGGUACAAGUCAAAUUAGAAGGAUUUGUUUGUAGGGACCCCUAUCAGAAUAUACCAAAUCCAACCAUCCCAAAUAUAAAAAAA